AUGACAAGUGUUCCAACGAGAUUCUGCUCGGACUACGGAAAGAGAGUGGCCAAGUGCCAGAAAUGCAAGAUGCAGCUGGAGAAGGGAGCUCUCCGAAUGGGAAAGAUCGUUCCGAACUUCUUCAUAGCCGCCAAGGAUCCGAGCAAACCGCCGCCGGACAUGAAACAAUACUUCCACAAGAACUGCCUUUUUGAAAUGCUUUUCAAGGCGAGGCCGACCACGAAAGUGAUUGAUGACAUCGAGGAAGUGGAAGGGUUUGAGGAUCUGAGUGCGGAGGAUCAGGACGAAAUCAAGAAGUUGGUCAACGAAUUGACGGAGAAGAGAAGCAAAGAUGGACCAGUCGAAGCGAAGACUCCGAAGAAACCCGCAGCGACGAAGAAGGAAGAAGGAUCUGAGGGGACGGCCGAAGCGACUCCCUCGAGAAAGAGAAAGAACGAGGAGGCUCCGAAGAAAAGCACGAGACCUACCGAGUUCAACGAGGAAUCCGCCUACAACUCUUUCCACAAGGUGAGCACAAUAUUGAAUUGAAGUGACUGAAACCAAUUUCAGUUUGUGCAAGUGUGCGGAGUGCUCAAGGAGCUGUCCGGAAACUCGGAGAAGUCGACGGCCAUCAGUUCGAUCCUUCAGAAAAGUACGUUGUUGAACCGUCACUCCAAUAUCCCAGUCCUUCCAGAAAACUUCGACGGAGAUCUUCUUCUCUGGCUCGGAUUCCUCAUCCGCUCUUCGGAUGCUCGCGAGUACAAUGUGACUGACGAGCAACUCGUCAAGUACUUCUCAAAGGUUUCUCCAGUACGAAUUGUUUCUGUGCUCAUUUCUAUGUCUUCAGAUUCUCGACACAGACGAGGCAAAGAUUCAGAAGUACGUGACGAAGAGUGGUGACGUGGCACUGUCCAUUGGGCAUGCGCUUGAAAAGAAAGUGAAGAACGAGAAGAGCGGAUGGAGCAUGCAGAAAGUGGACAGAUGGCUCGGAAGACUAACCGAAUUGGAGGACGACGACGCCCGUUUGAACCACUUCAAAUUCGUGGCAAAACGAAUGAGGCACGACGAGCUGGAGCAUCUGAUUCGGCUGAUUCGUAAGGAUUUGGACAUUGAAGCCGAUGCAAAGACUAUUCUGAAGGGAGUGAAUGCGAAGGCGCCGAAAGUGUUUGACGAGCAAGGACUGGACAAAGUGGUGGAGAAGUGGGUGGAAUGAGGGGGAGAGAAACAGGAAGUGGAACUAAUGAUUCAGGUAUUAUGACAACGGAUUCGAAGAGAAAAAGAGCGGCGGUUUGAGAAAGAAGACUGAGGAGCCGAAAGCGAAGAAAUCGAAAAGAAACGAUGAGGAAGAUUCUGAAGAUGACGAGGAGAGGUAAACAAAUGCCCUCCCCCCCUUUUAUACAGUGCAAUAAUGAGCGUAAUAAAGUUUGUAGCUUACAAAAUCUUCCUUUGUGCCCGAUGUGAACGUCUUCUUUUUCUACUUCUUCCCACGCCUUGCCAUUCUUUCUUUCCUUUUCAGUGAUGUUCAAGUGUCGGAUUCUGAAUCUGAAGAGGAUCACGGAUCGGACAGCGAAACGGACGGAGAGGAAGACGUCAGUGGAUCGGAUUCGGAUGAAGUGUCCGAGAUCUCAUCGGACGAGGAGGAGGACGAGGUGAACUCGUUCAAAGAGAAUUCUCCGAAGAAGGCCGCGAAAGGGACAAGAACUCGUCCACGUGGCAACGACGGGAACAUCAUGAAAAAGGAGGAAUGCCCGCCUGAUAUGGAGGCGUGCCGGUAAGAAAAGAACAUGUAGAAGGGAAUGGCAUGGACCAUUAUUCGAAGAAGUUUGCCUCCCCUCGUUCUAAAUCUACUUUCAGCUACGGAGAAAAGUGCUACCGAAAAAACGUGGAGCAUCUCGAACAAUUCUGGCACCCAACACGCUGA